CCUAUCACUGGGAAAGCGCUGACAGCCCUUCUGUGUUAGCAGAACCAGGACAGUCCCCACCGUUCCUGUGGCCCCACUUCUGCAGAGCUGGGCUGACUUCUCGACGGCCCAUGGGCAGAGGCCCUGCUCUUGGUUGCCCAUUUUCCAGCCCCAAGCAGGGCUGCAGCCACAGUGCUGAAAAAGUGUCUGUGUGUAACAGGGGAGAGUCUAUGGGAGUGGGUUUGAUUUUUGUCAGAGAAAUCUGCCCUGGAUUCUCACUGUGUUUUUUUUUUUUUCUCAUGACAGCGCCCCGUGAUCAGGAAAAGCAAAUGUCCAACAGCAGCUCCAUCACCCAGUUCCUCCUCCUGCCAUUCACAGACACACGGGAGCUGCAGCUCUUGCACUUCUGGCUCUUCCUGGGCAUCUACCUGGCUGCCCUCCUGGGCAACGGCCUCAUCAUCACCACCAUAGCCUGGGACCAGCACCUCCACACCCCCAUGUACUUCUUCCUCCUCAACCUCGCCCUCCUCGACCUGGGUGCCAUCUCCACCAUUCUCCCCAAAUCCAUGGCCAUUUCCUUCAUGGGUACCAGGGCCAUUUCUUAUAUGGGCUGUGCUGCCCAAGUCUUUAUGUUUUCCUUUUUCAUUUCAGCAGAGUAUUGUCUCCUCACCAUCAUGUCCUAUGACCGCUACGUUGCCAUCUGCAAACCCCUGCACUACGGGACCCUCCUGGGCAGCAGAGCUUGUGUCCACAUGGCAGCAGCUGCCUGGGCCACUGGGUUUCUCAAUGCUCUGCUGCUCACGGCCAAUACAUUUUCACUGCCCCUGUGCAAGGGCAAUGCCCUGGGCCAGUUCUUCUGUGAAAUCCCCCAGAUCCUCAAGCUCUCCUGCUCACACUCCUACCUCAGGGAACUUGGGCUUCUUGUGGUCAGUGCCUGUUUAGCUUUUAUGUGUUUUGUGUCCAUUGUGGUGUCCUAUGUGCAGAUCUUGAGGGCCGUGCUGAGGAUCCCCUCUGAGCAGGGACGGCACAAAGCCUUUUCCACCUGCCUCCCUCACCUGGCCGUGGUCUCCCUGUUUGUCAGCACUGCCAUGUUUGCCUACCUGAAGCCCCCCUCCAUUUCUUCCCCAUCCCUGGACCUGGUGGUGUCUGUUCUGUACUCUUUGGUGCCUCCAGCAGUGAACCCCCUCAUCUACAGCAUGAGGAACCAGGAGCUCAAGGAUGCCCUGAGGAAACUCAUAUCUUAGUGUUUUCUGAAGCAAUAAACUGCCCAUCUGCUUCUACACAGGAGUUUUAAUGUAGCUAACUACAGUCUCAACCUGUCAUCUGGAUUUUCUGUUGUUAUUUGUUGUUUUCUUAUUGCAAUGAUGUUUUCAGCCCCUUUCUAAUCCACUGUCUGCUUUUCUUUUAGCGCCACUGGCUGUUUAAAUGAGGAACAGUACACUUCUUGUCUCUAAACAAAAGAAAGAUUCCUGUAGUGACGUGUUUUUCAGUAUAUUCUUCCUGCAAGGCCUUUUUGCACAUUCAGGGACAGUUACUGUGAUGGGUGAAGGGUAAAAGA